UUUGCUAUCCUGGACUUUGGUACCACCGAAAAGGCACAGAAAGCUAUUUCAAAGAGAUACGAACUAAACUCCCGCGUUCUGAAAUUGGAGUGGGUGACACCGAAACACACAGACUGGUACAAAAUAGUUCCCGUUCUCUUUCCAAAACACUGCCUGAACUUAGCCUUGGUAAAUGGCAUAUCAUCGCCUUUAGAGGUAAACGAGCGCUUGCAGGCAGGCAAAGUACAACUUCGAGCCGACAGCACCGCAAUGGUCAACGCCGAGUACAUUGUCAGUGAGGCGCAGGUGGAAGCAGCAGCUGUGCAAGCGCUUGCAAAUAGAGCUUCACGAAAACCUCAGGAAAGAAGCCCGUUUUCGUCUGAGUUUCUCGCCUGUUUGCAUCCUCGUCACUCAAUAAAUGAUGCUGUCGGCGUUUUUGGUGUUAAUAAGGAUACCAAGCACAUCUUAUUUGUCAUCAUUUCUAUGGUAGAGGAGGAGAUUGUGAGUCUUGACAACCUUUGUCAGUCUUUGUCAGCACAACCGGAAGAAAUUACUCUCCUGUCCAAUGUUGCUAAUAAGCAAAAAAUAUGUGCGGCCUAUGAUAUCUCUGUUGCCGAGAUGGAAAUGGCUUCAGAUGAAAAUCUUGGAAUGCUGCCAAGUAUUCUGACAAAGAUGUCGGUUGGGAUGUUGGUGCGUUAA